AUGGAUAAAAGUUGGUUGAAUAUUAGGAAUAGAGUUGACCAAAGGUAUAGAGAUGGAGUAGAAAGCUUUCUUAAUUGGGCAUUCAGUCAACCCGGGGUGAGCACUAUUAUUCGAUGUCCUUGUAAAGGGUGUAUGAACACCGUGUUCAAGCUAAGGAUUAAUGUAAGAGGAGACUUGUUGAACAAGGGCUUCUGGGAUUCUUAUAAAGUGUGGGACUUGCAUGGAGAAGUGUUAGUUAGAGUUGAUGAUGAAGUCGAAGAUGAUAGCAUUGAAGAGGAUAAUAUUACUGAAAUGAUUCACGAUGCUUGUGGAUAUAUGAAUGUGGAGGAUAAUACUAAUUCUUCUGAGGGAAAUGAAGAGCAAAAUAUGCAUGCAACAAAGUUCUACAAAUUGUUAGAAAAUGCUCAGACAGAACUUUAUCCUGGUUGCACAAAAGUCUCAAAGUUGUCUUUUGUUGUUAAAUUACUUCACUUGAAGUGUCUUAACCAUUGGAGCAACAAAUCAAUGGAUGAGUUGUUGAGCUUCUUUAAAGAAGUUCUUCCUGAGGGGUCAUUUGUACCCAAAUCUUUUUAUGAAGCGAAGAAAGUUCUUCGUGACCUAGGCUUGGGGUACACCAAAAUAGAUGCAUGUCAGAAUGAUUGUAUUUUAUAUUGGCACGAUUAUAUCAAUGCCCAAUCAUGUCCGAAGUAUGGUAAGUCUAGAUGGAAGUUAGAAGGACACAAAGGCAAGAAAGUAGCUCAUAAAGUAUUGCGACAUUUUCCAAUCAAACCAAGGCUUCAGCGAUUAUACAUGGCAAAAGAGACGGCAAAGAAGAUGAGGUGGCACAAGGAAGAAAAUAUUGAUGAUGGUGUCUUGCGACAUCCAUCUGACUCAAUAGAAUGGAAAUCUUUCAAUGAGCGCCAUCCUACUUUUUCAACUGAGUUAAGAAAUGUUAGAUUAGGUUUAGCAAGUGAUGGGUUCCAACCUUAUGGGAAUAUGAGUUCCAAUCAUAGUAUUUGGCCUGUCGUACUAGUUACGUAUAAUUUUCCACCAUGGGAUUGCAUGAAAAAUCCAUAUUUCAUGAUGACACUUCUUAUUCAAGGCCCUAAGUGUCCAGGCAAUGAUAUUGAUGUAUACUUACAACCAAUGAUUGAAGAGUUGAAUGAACUAUGGGACGGGGUGGAGACUUAUGAUGCACACUCAAAAUCUAAUUUUCUUAUGCGUGUGGCUCUCCUGUGGACGAUUAAUGACUUUCCUGCAUAUGGGAACCUUUCAGGAUGGAAAGUGGAAAUAGGGGCUGCACCUAGCCCUUUAACAGGUGAUGAAGCACUUAUGCAAUUACAAGAUUUGGGCAAUGUGACUUAUGGUAAAGUGCAAAAGCGAAAGCGUAAUGUUUCUAACAAUGCUUAUAAUUGGAGGAAGAAGAGUAUCUUUUUUCAAUUGCCUUAUUGGAAGAAUCUUAUGAUGCGACAUAACCUUGAUGUGAUGCAUAUAGAAAGAAAUGUGUCCGAUGAUAUUUUAUCAACUAUGAUGAAUAUGGUUGGAAAGACAAAGGACACGUUGAAAAGUAGAUAUGAUUUGGUGGACCUUGGAAUCAGGCAAGGAUUGCAUCCAAUUGAGGAUGGGGACAAUAUUUUGUUACUGGCGGCAUGCUAUGCAUUGUCCCUACAAGAGAAGUUGAAGGUAUGUGAUUUCUUAGCUAAUUUGAAGGUUCCAGAUGCCUUUUCAUCAAACAUUUCAAGGUGUGUUAACAUACUUGAGAAAAAGAUACAUGGAUUGAAGUGUCAUGAUCAUCAUGUAUUAUUACAAGACAUUUUUCCGGUAGCUAUACGUGGUUUGUUGCCUAAGGAAGUCUGUGAACCAAUUAUAGCCUUAGCCAAAUUUUUCAAGAAUCUAUACUCUAAGUGCUUGACAAUUGAAGAUCUUGAUAUCCUAGAGGCUGAAAUUCCUAUCAUAUUGUGCAAACUUCAAAUGGUUUUUCUUCCGGCUUUCUUUGAUAUCAUGAUUCAUUUGACAAUUCACUUGGCAAGAGAGGCAAAGCUUGGAGGACCAGUUCAAUAUCGGGAUAUGUACCCUAUUGAGAGGUAUUUGCGAACACUUAAGUCAUAUGUACGCAACCUAGGUCGUCCAGAAGGUUCAAUUGCAGAAGGUUAUUUGGCAGAGGAAAGCCUCACGUUUUGCUCACGAUAUUUAAAGAAUAUCUCAACCAAGUUAAAUAAAUCAACUAGAAAUGACGAUGGAUCUAGGUCAAAGGGUGAGAUGUCCAUCUUUAAAAAUAGUGGGCAACCAAAAGGUGCUGCUACAGAUAUCAAGAAGCUACCUCAUGAUGAGUUCAACCAAGCAUGCAUGUAUGUGCUUCAAAAUUGUGAAGAGGUGUCGCAAUUCUUAGAGGAAUACACGAGAGAGAUUGAAAGUCAAGGAUCAAUGAGAGCUCAUAGGAUGCAUAACAAUGAGUUUCUUGAUUGGUUUCGUGCACGUGUAGGAUGCGCAAAUGAUGAUCUCAUUAGCUUAGUUGUCAGUCCUGACCCAUUGGUUCAUCGAUAUUCAACAUUUAUGGUGAAUGGAUUUAGAUUUCAAACAAAAGAGCUUGUGAGAAAAACACAAAACAGUGGAGUUCUUGUUAGAGGAGAUGAUUCAGACCCUAAUAAGGAGUAUUAUGGUGUAUUAGAGGACAUUUAUGAGUUGUCUUAUGUGGGGAACAGGAAAGUUUACCUAUUCAAGUUUCAUUGGUGGGAUGUGGCUCGCCUAGGAAGAGGAUAUAAGAUUGACAAAUAUGGUUUUACAAGUGUGAAUACUCAUUGUGCCUUGAAUACAAAUGAGCCAUUUGUGUUGGCGUCUCAGUCCGAGCAAGUCUUUUACUUGAAUGACAUGGUCAAUAAAGAUUGGCUUGUUGUUGUAAAGACAAAUCCUCGCGACCUUUUCAAUAUUCUUGAAGUUGAAGAUGAAGCCUUACUUAACGAAGAUGUUUAUCAACAAGAGGAAGUUGAAUGUAAUAUUUUGCGUACCAAUGACCAAGAAACUGAGAUUGAGGUGUCUUUACAUAGGGAUGAUAUUGAACCACAAACUGUUUUGAGUACCAAUGACCAAGGAAAUGAGGAAGAUGAUUUCAUUAAUGACAAUGAUAUAGAUGUAUCCGAGAAUGAAGAAGACGAAGAAGAGUUACUUGAUGAUAAUGAUGGAGAGGACAGUGAUACAUCCUCUUGA